AGUCAAGGCUCCAUUCUAAUUCUCCUGAUCUUUGUUUGUCGAAGUUGAAGGCACGAUCGACCCUUAUCUUUGUUUGUCGAAGUUGAAGGACAUGGCACGACCGCCCGGGGACGGAAAGCAAUUCUCGGGCAAGCAAAAAAUGCUGAAGUUGGGAAGGUUUUCGCGUGGUCUUCUGGUCGGCGCCUGGAUCGUCCAGGACGCGGCAGCGCUGGAUAUCAAGGAAUAUGUAUGCAACAACACAAGCUGGUGGCUGCAUCCUCUUCAUCGACUGGCGUGCGAAAAACUGCUUUGCUUUUUCCUUCUGUCUCCUAUCGCAGGACGUGCAUGAGCAUGAUCACAGCACCGGCGUCCAAGUAUUUCAUAUUAGAUAGAAGACGAAGGAGCCGGGUCGUGUCGCAUCUUUUCAUUCGCAGGACGACCACAGAGAAGUUUACUCGUUCCUGCCUUCCAUAAUUGCAUGCUCAUCUAUGGUGAACAAAUUCGCAGUUGUUGGUGAAGAUUCUGCAACACUUGUUUCCCGUGGAUAUCACGCGGCGAAGAUGGUGGACGCACUGUAUGAUUACGGAUUUUCCUGGACCAACUCGACGACUGCCCACCGCGAGACAGCUGGAAUGCCCGCGGAGCAAGGCUCGGGGUUCCUGCAGCAGAAACGGCGAUGCCGGCUGCGCGGCGGGAAUUCCUGUGGAAUCCAAGAUACCGCAACGAUCGGCAAGGACAAAUUUCAAACUGGCAGAAUUCUUAACACGGGGGUCGACGGAGGACAACCACCUGUGGCUGGUGCCGGUGUAUGGAGGGUCGCGCAAUAUUAAAGAAGGCAGUGAUCCCCUGGCGAGCAUGUGAUACUAGAUUCUAAAAGGAUAAAAGUAAAACUAAAAGAGCAGAAGAUGCUGCACAAGCACAUGAGGUGAAUGCCAUAAGUAAUCCACGGAACACAAAGCAAUCGACGUAUGACUGCUAGUACCGCAUUCUCUUUGUAGUGAUCAACUCUUUUGUCAUGGGAAAGACGAGCAGGAGAGGUUGAUUUAGAACAUGUUGAUUCCUCGUGACCAUGGAUUCCGCAGUGCCUGCCGCAGGGGUUCCGAGUUUUCAAUGCUUUUUUCCUCCAUACGACAAUGUGGCACCGCAGCAUCAACAGCAACUUCUCGUCCCUGCUCCCCAGGUUCUUCUGGUGCCUGAACCUGCAAAAAUGGUGCCUAAACGGGCACCAUCAAGAGUUCGGCCACGAGGACCACCUGCUGGUGGUCCUAGAAGUACUACAACUGCACGGUCAGCAGAUGCAGAAGGAGGAGAACACGGCCUAGUAGCACCAGUAGGAGGCCCAGGAGAAGCAGGCCAAGGGGGAGAAGGCCUAGGAGUACGACGAGCAGGACGAAAAAUAAAACGAACUGUGAGCCAAGCAGCCGCAGCAGUCGGAGGAGCCGCAGCAGCCGGAGCAGCCGCAGCAGCCGGAGCACCCGGAGCAGUCAGAGCACGCAUAGCGGGAACUGCAGCUCUAGCGGCGAGCAGAAUUAAAAAUUUUCGAAAGAGUGGAGAUGACAAAGCAGGAAGCCUUUCAGCUGCACCAGCAGAAGGAGGCUACGGAGGACGAGGAGCAGACCUAGGAGAAGGCGUCGGAGGGGGAGACGAUCUACCAGGAGGGGGCGUCGCAGGAGGAGACCCAGCUCGCUCCACACGAGAAUUGCUAUCCCAGAAGAUGAAAACUGUUUUCACUGUACAACUCAUCUGAUUUUUGUAUUGCUUUGUGAGAUGGAAGGUGCCUACUUGUACUUGUACUUGAUCUAGGCAUGCAGGCAGUAGCAGUACUCCUACACAGCUGGCCCAGCUGUGUUUGUAACAGCAGCUGCAGCUGCUCUACUAGUGGAGCAGCUGUUGAUCAUUGGCAUCAUGCUACUGUUUGCUCCUGCUUAGUAUCAUCAUAAGGACCAAAAUUAUAUAAUUUUGUCAUUGCAUGUUUUUCUUUUUCUUUUUGUUUUUAUUUCUGCGAACCAAUGCGAUACAGUGUUGAUGCAGGUUGUCAUCUGUGCCAUAACCAUAUCCAUCAUCUUCAUCGACGUCCGUCGGGACGGCAACGGGAGAGAUGGGUCAUACUACGGCUACGGCAGAACCUCUACCUUCACCACGCGUCGACCAACGAGUGGCACCAGAGCCACCAGGACCCCAUGAUGAACAUGAAGAUGAUGAUCAUGCUCAUGACCAAUCAGAACAUCCAGACCGGCUGCAGAAGGUUGGGCACGGGUCUGUCACACCAGGCAGUGAGACAUUUGACCGCGGUGAUUCGGCGCAUCUAGUUGAGCCUCCUUUUUUUCCACCGGUUGGCCGAGAUCGGGAGACGGGGGCUUCGGGACUUCCUUCUCUGGAGCAUGGCUAUGGACGUCAUGAUGACGCGGCGACGCAUGACGCAGCGACAGGAUCAGAAGCGGCAGCAGGCGCCCUGGACGCGGGGGACCAGACUGCGCAAGCAGCUGGGUCCGAACAUGAAGGACCGGCGUUCGCUGGGGCUUCGGAGGCUGGGGGAGCGCCCAUGCAAGACACCAAGUUUUCAUCUCGUGUUUCGACUGCUCCGUUGCCGGGCGGACAUCUUGAACCAGUACCUGCGGAAAUGCUGAAAGCACCCGGCGAAGUAGAAGAAGGCAAAGCAACUUUGUCGAAGGCCAGAACCGCCAACAUGCACGAUCUGGAGGCAGGGAAGAGCGGGAAACAGGCUGCCGAAGAGCAGGGCGCCACCGUCCCUGGCGCUCCAUCACUGGAUAGGCAGGGAACAGCCGUUGCAGGCGGCGAAGGCCACGGUGUCGUGGCGACCGAAGAAAGUACGGCGGCGAUGCCGAAGCUGCCGGCGGAUGACAUUACGAAAUAUGAACAACCCUUCGACGUGCGUGCUGCAGAACCUGAGCCGCACGGUCAAGACUCUGCGGGGAGGGCGAGCUUCGACAAAGUAGAGGAACGCCAGGACCUAACGAAGCAUGCGCCUGCGGGGCCGGCGGUGGCCAAGGCAGACGCUACUGUGCCCCAGUCUGAAGAAGACCCUGCCGGGCUUGGUGCUGCGGAGGGCACAGCAGCUGCCCUGGCUCCGCCAGGUGAGCCAAACCUACUUUCGACGCGCGAAACUGCUGCGGUGCCCGGCGACGCGAAAGACGAAGAGGUUUCUUCUUCAGUUCGUACGGCAGCAUCGUCCGCCGCAACAUCCACACCCGGCUCUCCCCCGGAUACGCCGUGGGGCCACGGACGAGCCUGGGCGCAUCCUGCUGCAGGAGGAGAUGAGGAAGCUCCUUCUAUCCCAGGCGCAGCUCCUGCGCUCCUUAGUGAAAAGACCACCGCCCCCGUUUCGGAAGCCGAAGUUCCUAUCCCGGAUGAGGACACCAAGGCGAGGGCUAUUCCUAUUGCGCAGACGCUGGCGCCACGUGUAGCACAAGAACUGCAAAAAUCUUCUUCGACGGAGCCCAGGGGGGUUGGAGCUCCCGCAGGUGAAGAACUGGAAGAGUCGUCACUCUGGUACAAAAAUUGGUUAUGUGCGGGAUCGUCAGAAAUCGUCCUCCUAGGAGGGUCAGACAAAUCCAGUGCCGCGGGGGCAAGCUAGAGGGGCACUUUCGGCUGCAAGUAAACCUCUCCCGUAGUAUUCCUAUCCUCGUAUAAUUUUGGAUGUAUUUGCCCACAGACUAUGUAUUGGUACACAUUGUAGUUGUCGCGUAGUCUUUGCGUCGUAUGUAAUAAAGAGUAGCAAAGAAAACGACAGAAUGCAGAACUGAAACUGUAGGAGGUAGAAGCGCACCACUAGUUUUUCUACAGAUGACUUUCUUUAACUACGACUACCACCCCAACCACACUGGUCGUUUGGUCGCGCGGAGUCUUUUUGCAGAGGAAGGAGAUGGUGAGGUGGUAGGGGCGGUUGGUAGGUUUAAACCUGACGCGCGCACUGCUCGCGCCCGUCCAAAAAUUUUCUGUCGGGCGAGCCCGCCCGGUUGGCGGAGGGCGGCGAUACAUGAAUCUAAAGCUGGCUUCUGCCUGUUUCAUUGCAAGGGGUCCUCCCGGAGUGGUGGGGGUGUUUUCCAAGUCGCACUGUAGUAGAAAUAUAAUGUAGUGAGAGCAUUUAUGGGAGCGUCAGGAUCGAAAUCGACAAAAUCGAAAAAAAAUUCUGGCUGUACUUGGCGGGGGCCUUCAGGGCACCCCCUCCGGGACCCGUUUCGAUUCUGACACACUCAGGCAUACCGUCGCGGCUAGCGGGAAAAGGUCCGAGUGUGUCAGAAUCGAAAUGCGAAAUCCCGGCACCCCUCCAGGGGGCCCCUGGGUUUUUUUUCGAUUUUGCGAAUUUCGAUCCUGACGCCUCCAUAGCAUUCGCAUUGUGUUGUCCUUCCGGGCAUGGGGAAGGCCUCUGUCCCUGCUUUUUCCCGGCCGCGUGUGCCACCAGCUGCUGCAUCUAGACAGCCAACGGAAGAUGCUUUGUCGCCAUAUGGUCCGAAAAACGCGGAUACAGAUCCAGUAAGUAAGGCUGAGUCACGAGACGCGUUUUCGUCGUCUUGCGUUCCCAUGCGAUCAAGGUGUAGCUCAUGCGACCCGACGUCGCGGCGUACUCCGAGUACUAGUUACACUUACUAGUACGCAGGUAUGUCCUGGCCCUGAAAAUAGACAGCGGCGCGCAUUACGUUUGUGCAGGGAUCUAGGGUUGUAGUUGCUGUUUCAUGAUGUUGCUCAUUAUUGUUCGAGCGGCGCAGUGGGGUUGUAAAGGAAAUUCUCAGUAACUUAUGAGCCGUGGUGUGGAGCCAACCCAAUCCCAAGUGGGACGGUUUCUGAUUCUCCUCGACAUGGUCGAAUCUGGCGCUAUGGGGACGACGAUGGCUUUAGCUGCCCGGGGGUCGAGUGGUUGAGACGGGGCGCCAACGAAGGUUUGACAGAGUUUACUAACAGACAUUUUGAUACUCCUGGCCUCUCCACUAAAAAGCUCUGGCGUAUGUCUUCUGUAAAGACGCUUACCCACUCCUUCGUGCAAUGCCAGUGGCUGUGCUGAUGAAGGUGAUCAACUACGUGAUCACUUACUGCAUCAUCACCAGUGGUUGUGCUGAUCACUUAUGCCAGUGGUUGUGCUGAUCACUUACUGCAUCAUGAUCAAUGAAUCAUGAUGCAGGUGAUAAACCUAAACGUACGUGAUGUAGUUAAUGCUAUUGACAUGUGGUCUGCACUCUGCAGCAGUUCGUUGCAAUUGAAUCGUGCCAGGCGCUCUUUACAGCCGACAAUGGACGCAAAGUGCCAACUCAGACUGAUCGUGAACUCUAGCUGCGCGCGUGUGGAAGAAGAAAUCCGUGCACGGGUGGCGGGUCACUACGGUUGGCUAGAUCCUCACAACCUUGGAAAGUACGAGUUUGUUGAUCCCGCAGAGAACAAGCCAGUACGAAACCGAACAAGGCAAACCGCCACGUGUAUUUAAGGAGGUCACCGCUGGUUCCUCAGCUCUCUUGUUAUGUGUCUUCGUCCUCCUCGUGAAAAAAAUGGAUGCAAAAGAUGGAUGUAAGACUAGAACAUCCUGACAUGAAGAGUUUUUUUGGACUCGAUUUGAAAAUAGCAUCCACGAAAUCCAAAUCGUGGUUUUGAAGAACAAGGCGGUCCAGGCGUUUUUGUUAUGGUUUGUCUUGCUUUGCAUAAAUGCCGCCCGAUGUUAAGGACUUGCCCAGGAAUGACGAAGAUCUUGGAGAGUUUCCUCUCCGCGACUCCGCAAACCCGGCGCAAUUCCAGGUGAAGCGAACCACGAAUACGAUUGAGGAAUUCGAGGACAAGCUGAAUCUACAGCUUGUGGACAUAGACUAUCUUCACCACGAUACGACCGAGGCCGUACCUCGGAAAUGCCAGGUUUCGGGUUGCUCCGAAUCGCAGGUGUUUUCAACGUCCGACCAGUCAACGAAUUACUGCAAUCUGCGAAAUUUGAUCUGUGGCAAAAAGGACGGCUGUCCGUGGGUGUACUACGAUGAUUUCGAAAUCGAAGCGACGACCUUUGAAAGAAAGGUCGGUCAUAAUGGCGAAAGGGAACCGAAUCCGAAAAAUGACCCGUACAGCGAGUGCACGGAACAUGACCCGAACAUUUGCAAAAGCGGUGUCUACAAGAAUGAUGAAGCUACGUUCAUGGUACAGGCCACGAACGACAAAUACCAGACUUCUUAUACUUUCCGAGGCCGUCUAGGAUUUCACAGGCAGAUGCUCGAGGAAAAGGGUGCGUACAUGACAAACCUGUACUGGAUGACUCAAGUCCCUGAGACUUCUUCUGAAAAGCGGUUCUGGUCGAGCAGUACGCUCGAGCUGGUGGACGAUGGAUCGCCGUCGUCGUCAGAUCUGGCUUCAGGCACAGCAAACGCGGAAAACAAUACACGCGGUGACGAAGUAGCCGCUGUCAAAACUUUGCCAUCGACACUGUCUGGUGAGUCUGAGAUAAUUUGCUCUGCAUAUUUUUUGCGAACGGAGAGUUUUGAUCAAGCUGCGUCAUUACUUAUACAUUUUUUUAUUUUAAUGGUGCAACGAGAGUCGACGUUGAAAUUCAAAUUUCAACGCGUCAGUUAUACCGGAUCAUUUGGUUUGUCAUGCGCACGCGCAUUACCAUUACAUCAGUAAGUUACUUAAUGACGAUGGCAGUUUUUUUCAGGAUGCGAUCACUGGGAUGACAAGGACAUGACCAAGUCCAAGAUUCGCGGACCUGCUGCCCCAACAUCCUUUGCUGAAAGGCAAAAGGUGAAGGAACACGAAAAACUUCUCGGUAGUAAAUUUUAUUCCUGUUCUCAUUCUACAGAUUUUUGGUAUUUACAUAUAUGUUGAAUUGAUGGGCAUGCAAAUGCAGCAUACAUCACUUUUGUAUGCAUAAAGCUCACUUACUAUUUGGUCUCUUGAUCAUCUUUCUUGUCGCGGGUUUGAAGUUGAACUUUUUUCCUUCAAAAAAGACUCAGCUUUGAGUUUCAAACACAUCGCAGGGCUGUUGCGUGGCAACAAGACGAGACUCACUACAUAAAUAAAUAUACUACCUCCUGCUAAUCAGGCUAAUGCGGUUCAUCGCAAACUUGAAUUAUAUCUGCAAGCGAGAUGAACCAAAUUUCGACAAUGGGACAAAGAAGUUCAGGCGAAGCGCCGCAGUGAAUAAGACUCGGGUACCACUCAUGAACGCGCACUCCGUUUCGUUCUUCUUUCCUUUAUUGGGCAUUCCGCGAACAUUAGGAUUCGGGUCAGAAGCAGCACGCCCGUAUACCUAGUUUUUUUUCGGGAAGCAAGUGCCGAACUGGGCAGUUUCCGGCCUCUAAAACCUAGGCGCCUCGCUUUUUCUUUGCUGCAUUUUAUCUAGUGGCAAGUUACAGGACGAAUAGUGCAAGUGUGGCGCACUUAAGAUGUUGCUGGCGCUGAGCAGUAACAAUUUCGUAUUGUGUUGCUGUCGCGCCGGGAAGGUCCUGCCGCGUCCGUUCCCUCGGUACGCGUGCCGCAGGGCGGUGGCGCAGCUGAGACGUUUCGCUUCUGUGUUGAUCUUGAUGAUUAUUUACGGCGCGAUCUCUUGUUCAUGAAGAACAUGCUCGCCCUACAUUUGCAGCUGCAAUAGAUGCUGCAAAGUAUAAAUAUUCAUCUCUCACACAGGACUACAAGGACAUGGCAACGAGGAAAUGAAGAAGGCCGACGACAAUGUCGCAGCACCUUCAACUUCCUCCGGGGACAGGGAGAAGGAGGAAUUUCUCGAGAAGGAACAUCGAGGCGAAUGAACGAGCACACGAACACCGACGAGAGAAGAUGUUGUGAUGUAGACGAGCAGCUAGCUGAAUAAACGCUCGAAGCCCGUCACUCGGGAGGAGUAGAGUAGCAUAGAUAUGGGUUUUGUGGGUUAGGAUUAGUGAGGUUU